UUCUAAUUAACAUCACGCCCCGCCUCACUCUCCCCUAAAAGCCAGUUCCACACAGAUGCCAGGCCUUAUCAACCGCAAAACCCUCCGCGACAACGCAAAGUUCAUCCUUCUGACUUGUUGCAGGGGGUGAUUAAAAACGAAAUCGUUGCCUGAUUUCCCAUAAGCCGAGCUCGCUCUUUGUGAGAGGGAAUCGAGCUCGAAUCCGAAUCCUUGAGGAAGCCCGGCUUCCCGCUGGGUCCUGUUGCCAUGGGUAACAGAUCGGCAGCUAAAUGGAACUUGGGGCGGGAACUCUUUUAACUUUCCGACAUGCACGGGCAUGGUAUCGUGUCAAGUGGUUCGGUCUGAGCUCCGGGUGUCAGGCCGACGGUGAAGAUGAAUCUGGAGAAGUCGUUCUCCAGCGAGACAUGCAUCUCUUACGACGAGCAGUCGGCCACGGUCUCUGACGGUGAGUUGAACAGCUCAGAUUUGAAAGACCGGGUGAGCACCAACAGCUUGAGCAGCAAUGCGAGCCUCCCGAGCGUACAGAGUUGCCGAAGGCUGCGGGAAAGGAGGGUCGCCAGCUGGGCCGUCUCCUUCGAGCGCCUCCUUCAAGAUCCCGCCGGCGUGAGAUACUUUUCCGAUUUUCUAAGGAAGGAAUUUAGCGAAGAGAAUAUUUUAUUCUGGCAGGCCUGUGAAUAUUUCAACCAUGUUCCUGCUCAUGACAAAAAGGAGCUCUCUUACAGGGCCCGGGAGAUUUUUAGUAAAUUCUUAUGUAGCAAAGCCACCACUCCAGUUAACAUCGAUAGCCAGGCCCAGCUAGCCGACGACAUCCUCAACGCCCCGCAUCCGGAUAUGUUCAAGGAGCAGCAGCUUCAGAUUUUCAACCUGAUGAAGUUUGAUAGCUACACCCGCUUUCUGAAAUCCCAGCUGUACCAAGAGUGCAUUUUGGCCGAGGUAGAAGGCCACUCUCUCCCCGAUUCACACCAGGUUCCAAGCAGCCCGGCUUCUAAACACAGUAUCAACUCCGAUCGCUCCAGCGUCUCCACCCCCAAAAAGUUAAGUGGAAAAUCCAAGUCAGGACGAUCCCUGAAUGAAGAAUCCGGAGAGGAGGACAGUGAGAAGCGGCGAAAGGGGACAUUUUUUUCAUGGUCAAGGAAUAAGAGCACAGGGAGAUCCCAAAAGAAAAAGGACCGUGGAGAGCAUCACAGUGACUCUCCUCACCCGAAUGGAGGAUUGUAUCGACGUGAAUCCCAGGGCUCUAUGUCAUCUGCAGCAAGUCUUGAACUGUCUGAAACCUACAGGUUAUCAGUUUCCGAAAAAGAGAAAUCUUCCAAACACUGCUGUAUUCACCUUCCCGACGGGUCGUCGAGCAUGGUGGCGGUUAAAGCCGGAUUCUCCAUCAAAGAAAUCUUAUCUGGGCUCUGUGAGAAGCACGGCAUCAACGUGGCUGCAGUUGAUCUCUUCUUAGUCGGAGGAGACAAGCCUCUGGUUCUCCACCAAGACAGUAGCAUCUUGGAGUCUCGGGAUCUUCGCUUAGAGAAACGCACUUUGUUUCGGUUGGAUCUUGUUCCAAUUAAUAGAUCAGUGGGAUUAAAGGCCAAGCCCACCAAACCCGUAACGGAAGUUCUGCGACCUGUGGUUGCAAAAUAUGGUUUAAAUCUCAGUGACCUUGUGGUGCGACUAAGUGGAGAGAAAGAACCGCUAGACCUCGGAGUACCAAUAUCGAAUUUGGAUGGGCAGCGGGUCAUCUUAGAUGAAAAGGAUUCUUCCAGAGGAAAAGCCUUCACAGACAAGCAGAAAGGUGCAUCAGCCAAACAGAAUAUAGCUGGAAUUUCCAGUUCCAGAAAUCUCUCAUCCACGGGAGAGGAGAGAACACUAGGAAAGUCUAAUUCUAUUAAAAUAAAAGGAGAAAAUGGAAAAAAUGCUAGGGAACCCCGGCUAUCAAAGAGAGAAGAAUCUAUUGCAAAGAUUGGGAAAAAAAAAUAUCAGAAAAUUAAUUUGGAUGAAGCAGAGGAAUUUUUCGAGCUCAUAUCCAAAGCCCAGAGCAACCGGGCCGAUGACCAACGUGGGCUGCUGAGGAAGGAAGACCUCGUUUUGCCCGAUUUCCUCCGCUUACCGCCCGAACCGUCUUCCUCCACCCCAGCGGCCCCGAAGGGUCUCGGCAGAGGAGCCGGGAAGGGCGGCGGCAAGAGCAAAACGGCCCAGCCCAACGGGAAGGCCGACGCCGCCCAGAGCUGCGGCGAGAAUUCACUGAAGAACGCCGGGCCGUCGGAGGGCCGGCCCAGGCCCGGCCCGGCGGCCCUCCACGCUUCCCGUCAGAAGCCGUCGGCUCUCCCCUUCGUCGCCCCGCUGUCUCCGAUCCCCCACGCCCAGGAGGGACCCUCCCAGGUGUGGAGGAGGCAGUCCAGGGAACUCCCGCCGGAAGGCAUACAGACUAUCGACGACGACAAUGUCGCCGACUUGACUCUCGUGGGCGAGGGCGACAUCAACAGCCCCAACAGCACUUUACUGCCGCCUCCUCCUUCGCCGCCAGCCGACGCCGGUAAACUCGCCCAAGCCAACUACUCGCCCCCGACUCCUCUGACAGAUAAGCAGGGAAAGUCUGCGGCGUAUCAGAGGUCCAAUUCAGAUUGCUCUUAGCUGGUUCGAGUGGGUAGCCGCCCCAGGGUUUCUCGAUAAAAGCGAGGCUCAUCGUCUCUCCGCCUUUCCGAUUGGCCAUUUCUCAUCGAUCGGCCUCCAGAGAUGGAGAUUUUUAGGGGGAAGCAGGCGAGAUGCUCAUCUCGGAGGACUCUUGCGUGACCCCCUCUCGCUUCUCCGGCCGCUCUCUUCUCCAUUUUGCCUUUCCCCUUCCUUCCUCCACCUCACCCCCGCCCCCGGCGAUGAACCCCUGCCAACUGAUGGAGUCUUUCCCCCAAUACAUACCUUGAACGUUUUGAAUGCCUCAGUUUGCAGGUAAUUCUUGAGCGAAAAGCGUUUCUAGGAAAUACCUUCACCGUUUCUAGUUUCCCCAACCAGUGGUGCUGCGAUGAAUUCAGUUGUAUUUAUUGAGCGCUUACUGUGUGCAGGGCACUGUACUAAGCGCUCGAUAGGAUUGAUAGGACCACCUUUCCUCUGACGCAGGGUAGCCUCCUCUCCCGUGGUCUUUCACCCAGCCCGGCUCCCCGUUUCUUCGUCUAUACUGUCGGUGAUGUGUAAAGAUCGUGUGGUUUGUUCCUCGUGGAUAGACGGCGACGCGGGGAGAGGGCGGGAGUUUUAGGCCCGCGGCCGCCCGACCCCUCAGCCCCGCGUCUCUCCGAAAAGCGUCCCGGGACAACUGGCCGGAGCGGCGAGGGAUCCAUCCCGUCCGGGCCUGGGAGCGCUUCUCGGUCCUCAAGGUUUCAACAGACUCCGGUCCUCUGGUUCCCCGAGCAAGGAACACUCAGGAAGCGGCGUGGACUAGUGGAUAGAGCCCGGGCCCGGGAGUCAGAAGGAUCUGGGUUCUGAUUCCGGCUCCCUCACU